CUUAAAGAAGAAAAAAACAAGAUGGCGGCCUCCGGUGGUAAACAAUAUGGGCUCAUUCUACCCCAGAAGAGUGCUUCAAAAUCAGCCUCCCUGUCUCGACCUUCUAUUUUUGGAGAUGACUCCGAUGAAGAAACGUCUGUUGGUGAGAGUUUACAAAAGGAGGCGAUUAAAAAAAAGAUGAUGAAGCAGACGCGACUCGAGAUGCAGAAGGCUUUGGAAGAGGACAGCAGUGUUUACGACUAUGACGACGUGUACGAUGACAUCCAGAAGCAAAGACUCGAGAGCAAUAAGAAGUUGCUGGGAGGCACUGACCGAAAGCCCAAAUACAUAAACCAGCUAAUGCGUGCUGUAGAAGAAAGAAAGAAGGAGCAAGAGCGGCGCGAAGACAGAAAGAUCCAGAAAGAGAGAGAGGCCGAGGGGGAAAAGUUUGCUGAUAAAGAAGCAUACGUAACCUCAGCCUACCGGCAGAAGCUCAAAGAGCGCCAGGAGGAGCUCGAGAAAGAGAGGAGAGCAGCAGAGAUCGAGGCUGCCUUGGAUGUGAAGAAGCAGAAAGACCUGAGCGGCUUUUACAGACACCUUCUGAAUCAGACAGUAGGAGAAGAGCCUCUUCCUGAUCGUAGCACUGACAGGCGAGAUAAAUCAAAGUCCCCGGUUAAAAACUCACCACCACGAGAAAAGGACAGCGAGCCGGAAUCUACCGAGGAACAGAGCUCGGGUAAAGCGGAGUUCAGCAAAAGCAGCAGCAGCAACAGCAGCCACUCCAAACGGCAAUACCGCCAGCGGUCGCCUUCGUCCGGCAGCGAAGACGAACGAAAGAAGGAGAAGAAACGAGAGAAAGAGAAAGAGAAGCGCAGUCACAGACAGAGAGAAAGAGCCCGGUCAAGGGAGAGAGAACGAGAGGACAGAGACGGACACCGGAAAGAAAACCGGGACCAUGCAAGGGAGAAGGAUCGACACCGGGAGAGGGACGGAGACAGGGGGCGAGAAAGAAGAGAGAGAGACAAAGACAGAGAAAUGGAAGACAGACAUGGCAAGAGGAACAGAGCAGACGGUGAGCAGGACAGACACAGAGAUAGAGAACGCAAAAAGGAACAGGACAAGAAGACGGAAGACAAGAAAGACAAAGAGAAGGACACACAGGCUGGAGAUGGCGGCGCUCAAGCCAAAGCAGCUCAAGAACCCAGCAAAUUUGUGAAACGCAGCAAUGAAGAGACUGUGAGCUCAGCCAGAGAGAGAUAUCUGGCUCGACAGAUGGCUCGCUCAGCUGCGAAGACCUACGUAGAAAACGAAGAUGAAUAACGGGUCUGAACUAAAUGAGGACUUCACUGUAGAAAACGUUAUUAGAAGACAGCUGGGGAAAAAAGAUGAAAAUAUCAAGAUACAGUUGCAAAGAAAACAUUCUUGGAAGAAAAAAAAAAUCACAUUUACAUGAUUUUCCGAAUGUAGUAAAUCAGUUGCUCUUCACUUCACUGUCGCUUUUUUUUUUAAGAACCUAUAUGUCACGCGUAGUGGAUGUGUCUUACUCAAAGGAAGAAAUAAAUACCAGUCUUUAAUUUCUAUAAAUAUCAUUACUCAUUUGUAAAAUUUUUUUUUCUGUAAAAUAGCGGACAGGCUGAUUACAGAUUUAAGUUUGAAGUGAAAUUGUAUUUUACAAAGUUUGUUCUUGUGCGAUUUCUCAUCUCAUCAUGGCAGAAUUGAUCCACAUGAGAAGAAACCGAAUCCAGCUGUCGUAAUGUUUGUGUUCAUUUAUUCGCUGACUGUUUCUGUUUAAUAAAUUAAAUCAUUCUGAA